AGUGGAAAGUAACGGUUUCGUUUCUAAGUCACUUCCGGUGAUAGAAAAACAACAAGUUUGUUGUGUCUGUCCGUGAUCUCAGCUGACAUGUGUGGUGUGAUGACAUCAGCAGAUAUUCGGAACACACCGUUUAAAGGGAAGUAUAAAAGGUCUGAAGAAAUCCUGCUGCUCGUUCUCUUGGCUUCAAUCACAGUGAGCUGUCAGCAGGUCAUCCGGGCUCAGGUGGGAGACUCGGUCCUGUUGCCGUGUGACUACAGAACAGAUCCUCUCCCAGAAACCACCACGGUGUUCUGGAGAGACAACAACAACAGCGUGGUGCUCAACAUCAUCAAGAAAAAGCCAGACAACAAUUUGCAGGACGAGAAGUACAAAGGGCGAGUGUUCAGCUUCCAGAACGUUUACAACGAGGGGAACUUCUCCAUCCUGAUGAAGGACGUGAGGCUGACGGACAGCAGCUUGUACGAGUGUUUGAUCCUUGAAGUGAACCACCUGCAGAUACUCCAACUCACCGUGUCAGAGAGACGUGCGGGAGCAGCUGACACUUCUCCUCAUGGAGCAGCAGGUGGCGCUGUGGUAACAUCAACCUCCCUCCUCGUGUCUCUGCUUCUUCUCUCUCUCACAUCUGUUCACUAAAGCUAAACUGAUAUAAGUUCAAAGCAUUAUUAUUAUUUCUUAAUGUGCAGCUUAAACCUAUUUAUUGUAUUUAGUUUUUAUUUAUCUUUACUUUUAAAAAGGUCUUCAGUAUUUAAGCUGUAGGCUUCUUCAGUCCUUUGGCUAAGCACUAAAAUCACUAUAAGCACCUUAAACCAGAAAAGCUCCUGCUGACCAGUAUAACCU